AUGAUCAUAUGCACUGGAUUAAUUGCUUUCGAAGCAGGCCAAUGGCGACGUUCCUCUCGUGAGCAGCGUCAUACCCACUCCACUGGUCGCAUGCUAGUAGGCCGAAUACUAAGCAUGCCAACGCACCCUCUGUCCGGAACAUGUGAUACCGAUGGUGACCUUGGGGACGCGUCGUUCGCUGCGCAUGCACUUUUCAUGUCCGCACCCAUCCUGACAGCUAUAGAACUCUAG